AUGUACAAGGCCGUCAUCCUGUCGACGCUAAUGUACGCAGCGGAGACCUGGACGGUGUACACAAAGCAGGCACGCCGACUGAACCACUUUCACCUCAGUUGUCUUCGUCGCAUUCUGAGGCUGAACUGGCAGGAUCGGAUCCCCCACACUGAUGUGCUGGAACGGACGGGAAUCCUCAGCAUAUACACCAUGCUGAGACAAAUGCAGCUGCGCUGGAGCGGCCACCUGAUGCGCAUGGACGACGAGCGACUACCCAAACGACUCUUCUACGGAGACGUCGCGAUGGAUUCUCGCCGCCAAGGAGGCCAAAUUAGCCGAUACUAG